UUGAGAAACAAUAAAAUUAAAAAAUGCUUACAAAGUCUGAAUACUCAACAAGUACCUCCUCUCUAAGCACAGUAUUCAGCGGUUCUCUGGCAGAGCUAGGCUCUAUCAUGCAAGCCCAAAGCGUGAGCAAGCUGCCAGGAGACCAGAGCCAGAAGUCCGGAACUUUUAGACAAAGACUGAAGGAUAGGAUCAACAAGAAUAAGGAUCACCUGUUUAAGGUUCAGCAAGUCAUUGAAGAAAGCAAACGUGAGAUCCUUGAGCUCCAAGAUCUCAAGAAAUUGCUGUUCCAUGGCGAAGUUGCUCCCCUCUCGACCUUCGUGGACCAGGUCAGUAACACCACUAAUUCAGCUCUUCUCUCUCUGCAAAGGGAACUUGCACUGAAAGAGUGAGACUACGAAUACGUGGUGUAUGACAGGAAUGUCAUUUGACUGGAUCAUAAGUUCAAGAGUGAGGAGAACUCCUAUCUGAAGCAUCACUCCCAAGCAGCUAAGUUUUUCAAACACACCAAGUAUGACACUGAAGAACAGAAAUACAAGCAAGGCUGUAGGGAUACUGAAAGGCUUCUUCAGAACUUAGACGGACUUAACCAAUCUUGUAAGCAUCAAAUCAAACAAAAGAAUCAGAAAUUAAGGGAAAUCAAAUUGAGGAUUAGGCAGAAGAAUCAAGCGCUUUUGACAAAGCAGGAAGAAUACUCCAGACUCACCCGACUAGCUGGGAAGGAUUCAUCCUCUCCAAAAAUCACCCUGAGCCAGGUUAAGGAAGAAUUGAGAAUUUUGAGGAACGAGAAGAUGACCCUUCAGGAAUGCGAAUAUGACUGUCGAACUGAAGUAAAGAAGCUAGCCAAGUCUCUUAAGACCCUCAAGAAUCGUGACCAAGUAGAAGCCAGCCAAGUCAAAGCUCUAGAGGAAGCUGUUGGCAAAGUGACUGAAAACUGACUAAACGAGAUCAAGAAACACUCUGUUGUGGAAAAUUCAGUGGUACGGCUCAAGACUUACCUCAAGAAGGAGAAGGAGACGAAGGACAAGUUCUUACUUGAGGUUAACCAUAAGAAGAAGGUUGGCAACGACCGCUACCAUGCUACUGAGUCUAAAACUAUGAAGGCAAUCGAUUGGAACAAGAUCGACAAUGAAGAUCCUACUUGUUUAUCGACAACCCAGAAAAUUUGGGAAGAAAGAAAAUCAAAGGAACAAACAAAGCUGAAGAAUAAGUCCGAUGAUACUGAGAGCCAAGUAGAGGUUAGCCUGAUAAGCUUCGAUCCUGACUGAGAGUUCUCUCAGUCAGAAUGAAAGCUUCCAUUUGGGACCUUAUCCGAGGCAUAUAAGACUCCUUUGAAGGCUACAAGCCUUCAAGGGUCAAGCACCGGAACUCCGAAUGCAAGCUCAUAUUCAAAAAGAAGCUUUAAUGAGGCCAGAACUCCUGAAUCUGAAUUUAUUGGUGAGUCUUACCUCAAGUGUUCGAAAAUUCUAGAAGAGACAGAAGAAGAAAGCGUGGCAAAUCUCACCCCGAGACUGGCAGGGGAGGGACGCCAAGAAGCUGGAGAUCUUGAUGGCAUCAAAAACUCACUGUUUGUUACAAAAAGCGCGGAACAGGAUUUUAGUAAGGAUAUGUUUACUACUAAAACAACUCUUGAAACUGAAGAAUCCUCUCAAAACCAAUAUGAAAUUGAAUCCACCUCCACUUUUAAUGGAAAAGAACAGAAGGAGAGCUUGCUGAAUUUGAGUAAUAUCUCUUCCGAUGGGAUCAUCAAUGAAGAAAGAUUUUGUAGCCCGAUAAACGCAGGCAGGAGCUCAGUGCCUGCACUUAACUUCCCAAGGGGUAGAAACGCAGUUGCUUCACUUAACUCUUCUUGGAUCAGCAGCACGAACGUCAGUGCUGUGGAUUCAAAACUUGAUAAAAGACUUAAUGAGGCACCUAGUUUGAAUUCUACUCUAAAUUCGAUUUUGAAUUCUACUUACAAAGGAUCAGGGUUGAUACCCAAUCAUUACAAAAAUCGUCUAAGCCAUGGGAAGGUCAGCAUCAAUAAAUUAACCAAAGGAGUAAAUAAGCCGGCAGAAAGCUGCUCAAAAACUCCUUGUGCAAAAAGUAACAGAAAGGAUUCACAAGACAGUGGGGGCUCGUGGAAGAGUAAGAAGCCGAGUGGGGAUGGGUUCAAGCAAACUCAUUGGAAUUUUACCAAAAACCAAAGGGCAUAAGUGCCCUUC